CGCUCCGCCUAUUUCUCUCUGGUAACAACAAACAGCGCCAAACUGCUGUAACCGUUAAUGGACCGAACUCCGGUGUGUGGCGUUCCUAACGGUACAAUGGACCCGUUAUGGAAAAAAGUCAACUCAUUUACUGGACCUAUUCCCCGGUCAAGACACGGACACCGAGCAGCGGCUAUUCGGGAACUUAUUAUCGUGUUUGGAGGUGGAAACGAGGGGAUAGCGGAGGAGCUCCAUGUUUACAACACCGUUUCUAAGCAGUGGUUUCUCCCAGCGGUGAGAGGGGACAUCCCUCCAGGCUGUGCUGCCCAUGGGUUUGCCUGUGAGGGAACCCGCAUCCUGGUCUUUGGCGGCAUGGUGGAGUUUGGCAAAUACAACAACAGCCUGUACGAGCUACAGGCGAGCCGCUGGCUGUGGAAGAAGUUGAAACCCAGGCCACCCAAGAACGGCAUACCGCCCCCCUGUCCCCGCCUUGGACACAGCUUGACCCUCAUUGGGAACAAGUGCUACCUGUUUGGGGGACUGGCCAAUGACAGUGAGGACCCCAAUGGCAAUGUCCCAAGGUACCUGGAUGACUUUUAUGAGCUAGAGCUGCAGUCAGUGUCAGGGGUGAAGGGUUGGAACAUUCCAGAUACUAAGGGCGUGGGUCCAUGGGCUCGAGAGUCCCACACGUCGGUAGCAUACACUGGGUCAGGCUCCCCCAAACUCUACAUCUUCGGAGGAAUGAGAGGCAGUCACCUUGAUGACCUCUGGCAGCUUGACCUCGAAUCUAUGACAUGGUCUACACCUGACACUAAAGGACCCCCUCCUCUACCCAGAAGCCUUCACUCUGCCAACGUUAUAGAAAACAAGAUGUAUGUUUUCGGGGGGUGGGUCCCCGUUCCAGAGACAGACAAACCUAACACCCUGGGAGCUGAAUGGAUCUGUACCAACUCCUUAUCCGUGCUCAACUUAGACACCAUGACAUGGCAGAGCCUAGGCCCAGAUCAGCAACAGGGGCAGACAGUGAGCCAGGGUGACCAGGAAGAGCCCCAGCCCAGCAGCGGGGGACCCCGAGCCAGGGCAGGCCACUGUGCUGCCUCUAUCGGCUCCCGCCUCUACAUCUGGAGCGGCCGUGACGGCUACCAGAAGAGCUGGAACUACCAGGUGUGCUGCCAGGAUCUAUGGUAUCUGGAGACGGAGCGGCCCUCCACCCCAGCAGCAGUACUACUGGUCAAGUCCACCGUCAGCAUGCUCCAUGUGGCCUGGCGCCCCCUACCUGCAGCAGAGUGUUACAUCCUCCAGCUGCAGCCCGUCUCCCCCUCUAACACCCCCUCUAACCCCACAGCCCAACCCAGCACAGGUGCCCAGGAGAGGAACCCCCAGGACCAAUAUGUCCAGUCAGCUCAGGUCCCAGACGACCCUACCUCACAGGAAGCCCAGAAUACAUCCCAACAGGAGGUGGCUUCAGGGCAGAAAGAGACUUCCAUGGAAGUGUCAGAGGCUGUUAGAGACCCCCAUCCAGAGGGGGAGGGUGAGUCUGAGUGGUUUGAUGCUGGAGUGUUCAAAACCCUGUUCUCUGAGGCUACCCACUACUACCUGCCACCUGGGAAUGACUUUAUUCCCACCAUCUACAGCAGACCCACUAACACUAAAGAGAGGGAGAAGCAGGAGCUGUGUCCAGGUGUAGCCUACAGGUUCAGAGUAGCAGGCAUCAACAGCUGUGGUCAGGGAGACUUCAGCCCUGCCAGCGAGUUCAAAACCUGCCAGCCCGGCUUCCCCGGAGCGCCCUCAGCUGUCAAGAUCACCAAGGCUAAUGACUCGGUCCACAUCACAUGGGACUCCCCCACCUCCCCGUCAGGUAAGAUCUUGGAGUACUCCAUGUACCUGGCGGUGAGGAAGAGCCGGUCCAGCAGCUCUGAGCGUCCUGGCCAGCUGGCCUUCAUCAGGAUCUACCGCAGCACCAAGACCUCUUGCACCGUCAGCCCCGCCCACCUGGCCAACGCCUACAUUGACAGCUCCUCCCCCAACCGGCCAGCUGUCAGCUUCCGCAUUGCCGCCAAGAACGAGCAGGGCUACGGGCCCGCCACACAGAUCCGCUGGCUACAGGAUGCCAGUAAACUCAAAGACUCGUCAACACAACCAGACGGCAGCCCCACGGAGGCAGAACACGAGGCAGCAGACAGGUUGAAGAUGGACUGCCAGACGCUCGCCGAUACCCAGGAAAGAUGAUGUAACUAGUCAGAGGGCAUGACUACUUUCCAACUGAGCCAUGUCCCUCACAGAAAGGCUGUACACAACUUAUAGAUUUGUUAUUUUUUAGUUUUUUUCUAAUUGUUGUACAUAACUGUUGCGUGUGUUAAUUUCCACCUGUCAUUUGACCAUUUUGUAUUACAUUAUAGUGUCAAAAAAGUUGUACUUCCAUUACUAUUUUUUUAAAGUUAAAUAGAUAACUGAUGUUAUGACCAGAGCAUUUCCCCUCUUGUCAAACAGACAAGGAAUGAACGUGCCUUAGUGUAUGAAGGGGUUUUGAAUGGGGAUGAUGAUCAACCGGCCAGCAACUGCUUCACAAUAAUUAACAUGUAGCAAACUUGAAUUGGAUAAUAGUGGGAUAUUUUGUGUAUUUAUCAUUUGGGCCAAGUCAAUGGUUGUAUUUCAGCCUCAACAUGCAGAGGUUUUUUGUUAAGUAUAACAUGAUUCCAGCACAGCACUUCUUACAUGCCUUGUGGGCAUGGAAUGUGAGGGUUUGAGUCCAUCAAUUUAUGUUGUUCCAUUUCAUAUUUAUGGAUACUGUUAUUAUCCUUUACUCAAAGGAUUAUUUUGUAGCCAUAGGAAGUAAGCCAUGUGUUUGAAUCUUAAGCUAUCUAUACUUAAAUACAGUGAUUGCCACUACCUUUCCUCUCUUAUAGCACUGUAGCUCACUAUGCAAUGUGGAAAUCACUAGAUUUCUUUGGGCUGCUCAUGUUUACAAAUUGAAUAGUACAUUUGAUCCAGACAUUCAUUCCAUCUGAUUCCAAAGCUACUUUAGUAUGGCGAAAGCGAAGAUACACAAGUUAUUUAUUUAUUUAUUGUUGAAUCUUUAACAUGUUUUACCAUAUGUUACUCAGUGAGUAUGUAGCCCAGAUCUCAUUUUUGUUAAUAUGAGCUCAAUGCAGGAGAUAAUUGUGUUUUAACAUUCCUGUUUUGUUACAGGAUUGUAUUGAAAAAUAAUCCAGGCGGCAUGACUAACUGUUAUCCCUGUACUCUUGGUAGGUGUAUGUUGUACAAUUUGUUAAAUGAGAACUGAGAACAUUUUGGACUUCUGUUAACAGUCCAAAUGUGGUUAAAAAAAAUGACAAGAAAUAAAACUGUUCUUGACAAUC